GUCAUGUGGCGUUCACAGUCAGAGGAGAUCCCACCGAGAAGUGUGUGAACAACAACCGGCGUCUCUCCACGCAGAACACAGCUCGGUGGUCGUCUGUUCCCGCUUUGUCCCGUACACACGUCCAGCAUGGCUUGGACUAAUUACCAGCUGUUCCUCGCGGGACUUAUGCUCACAACUGGCUCUCUCAACACAUUAUCGGCAAAAUGGGCUGACAUGUUCUCAGCGAAGGGUUGUCAUGAUGACCCCGAACACGCGUUUGCUCACCCGUUUGUGCAGGCAGUGGGCAUGUUUCUGGGAGAGUUGAGCUGCCUUGCCGUCUUCUACAUCUUAAUUUGCCAUGACAGACGUCGACCCGAGCCGAGUAUGAACGCAGCACAGAGCUUCAACCCUCUCGUCUUCUUCGCACCAGCCAUGUGCGACAUGACGGCCACCUCCAUCAUGUAUGUUGCUCUCAACAUGACCAGCGCCUCCAGCUUCCAGAUGCUGCGCGGAGCUGUCAUCAUCUUCACCGGGCUGCUUUCUGUAGCGUUCCUGGGGCGACGCCUGGCGAAGAGUCAGUGGCUCGGCAUCCUCACCACCAUCGUGGGCCUGGUGAUCGUGGGCCUCGCUGACUUCUUCAGCGGGCACAAAGACGACACGCACAAACUCAGCGACAUCAUCACAGGAGACCUUCUGAUCAUCAUGGCGCAGGUCAUUGUUUCGGUGCAGAUGGUCCUGGAGGAAAAGUUUGUCUACAAACAUGACGUCCAUCCUCUGCGGGCUGUUGGUAUUGAAGGUUUCUUCGGGUUCGUCGUCCUGUCGCUGCUUCUCAUCCCGAUGUAUUUCAUCCACGUCGGCAACUUCAGCGACAACCCUCGGCAGGUCCUGGAGGACGCGCUGGACGCCUUCUGUCAGAUCGGACACCAGCCGCUCAUCCUGUUGGCUCUGCUGGGCAACACGGUCAGCAUCGCCUUCUUCAACUUUGCCGGGAUCAGCGUCACCAAAGAGAUCAGCGCCACGACCCGGAUGGUGCUGGACAGCCUGCGCACGCUGGUCAUCUGGAUAGUGAGCCUGGCGCUCGGGUGGGAGCAGUUUCACGGCCUGCAGGUGCUGGGCUUCCUGGUGUUGCUGGUGGGUACAGCGCUCUACAAUGGACUGCACCGCCCCCUGCUGGCCAGGAUACCGUGCUGCGCUGCGAUGGUGCACACAGAGGAGGAGCAGGACAGCCCGGGGGAGGGGGAGGGGGGGGAGAGGGAGAGACUGCUGGGCGACGGCAGGGUGCAGACCGGAGACGAGAGCUAGAACUUGAGAACAGGACUGCACACCUUUUGUCAGUGACGGUCUCUUUUCAAAUAUGGUUCUUGUUCACACCUCAGACUUUAACUGACGAGCGGUCUGAGGGAGCUUUAUUGUUAUAACACGGCUUUUUGGAGGCAUUUAUUCAAGUUAGUUCUGAAGAGAAAUAAUGUUAUAAUUUGCAGUCUCAACAUUUGAUCCUGACCCCCCCCCCCCCCUUUUAUAUACUUUAUAUUCUAAAAAAGAAAAAACUUGAACUGACCUUUUUUUGUUUAAAAUCACUAAAGCACAAUGUCACACAAGAUGAAAAUAAAUAUUUUAGUUUUAUUCACAUUUUGUUGCUUCACUGGAUCAUUGCCACGUUGUUUCUGAUGUUGUUUGUGUUGCUGUGCCGUGUGACUUAUGCCAAAAUGUUUUCACUGAAUGCCAACAGUGAGUGGUUCAACAUCUCUUUUUGUAAUCAAAGUGCUGAGUCGUUUCCUCAUCAGUUCAGUUGAAUAUAGAAUUGAAUGUAGUUUUGUUUACGUCUGUAUAUUUGCUUUCUGAGACUUAAAUUUGUGUUUAUUUGUACAGAUGUAAAUGUGUCAAAAAGGGAUUUGCACUUGUUGUAAAUCCUGCUUCCCCUUCUCUAUUAAGUAGUUCAAGGCUGUAACGUACACUAAGAAAAAAAGGGAACUGUCACUAAAUCACACUCGUUGAAUGAUGUCUUAGCAUUUUCACUCAGGCCUGUGUUGACCUGCAGAAAACUACAGUCAUUGUGAUGAGAUGUAAUGUCAUGACAAAAAGAUUUGUUUUUUAAAUACACUUCUGGAACAACCCAAA